AUGGCAGCAACUACAGCAACGAAGACAAUAGAUGCAAUGAAAGACAUUGUCGUGCAGCAUGGGCUUCCACAGGUUCUCGUGACAGAUAAUGGACCUCCCUUCACCAGCCAACAGUUUACGGCCUUCCUUGCGGAACUUGGAGUUCAUCACGUUCGGACGCCUCCGUAUCAUCCCAAGUCCAACGGGCAAGCCGAGAACUUCGUACGAAUGUUCAAGACAGUGCUAUCUCGCUUAGCUACGGAGAGGAGAGAAACUAUCAGAGAGUUACUGGUCAAAUACCGAGUAACGCCGCAUGCAUCUACAGGACGUCCACCGUGCGAGCGGCUCAACAGCAGGCACUAUCGGUCUGUGUUGGAUCUUGUUAGGCCCUCUGAUCCUUUCCCGAUUCCCACGCCAAUGGACGCUGGUGCGAGAGAACGACAAAAGCGUUGUCAUGAUAAACGGGCUCGGGACCGAUCGUUUGCAAAUGAUUCAUGCGUGUGGAUGCUUGACCCACAGAGGAAAGCUCACUGGAAAACCGGAAACACUAUUGGAAAGGAAGGGAGAGUGACCUUCCACGUGCGGGAUGCUGAUGGGAAGAUUCAUCGUGUACACAAGGACCAUCUGAAGAUCAGAGAAUCUUUGGAAUCGUGGGAAAGCGAAUUCUCAAAGACAGCGGCAGGUCGACAAUUUGUGCUCGAGGAACCGGAAUUUCCAUUACCAUUCCCCGAAGCGGAAGACCCGCCAUUGGAUGACGGAAAUCGUCAUACGCCGUUGAGUGUUCAAUCACGAAUGGGUGGGGAAGCUAUCGCACCUUCGAGUGAAGGAACACCGACAGGUGGCAAUACACGCCGAUACCCCUUGAGGAUCCGUCGUCCCGUUGACCGUUAUUUCUCGACCUAA